GUUGCAGUCUGGUGGCAGCGCUUGUCGAGUGCGGAUCCUCCAGGCCGUCACUUUUUCAUCUCCCCCGUUUAAAAUGUACACGGUCAGAGGGUCCGUCGCAUGAACCAUAUGUCUGCCAGAGACAAGAAGGACUCCAGUUCGCCGUACAGUUUCCACCAUUCGCCCUUGGACAUUUUCUACUCGGUGAGCGGACACAGGGGGAAGUUCACGCCGGUCCACUUCGCCGAGGAGAAUUCCAUCAUAAACAGGACAGGCAACGGAGAGGGAGAACGAGCACGCAGCCAGAGCAGCCCCGUCGAGCGUUUCCGCUUGUGGAGCGAGGAAACCCGCUCGGAAAAGGGAAGGUCGGGUGGAGAGGUCUUCACCUACGCCCUCGCCCCUGGCAGCUCGUUUCGAUUACCCAGGGCUGUCCGCGGCUACUACGGAAUGGAGGAUGUGGAUGUUGCAGAGGCAGGGGAGAGAGAAGCGCAGAAGGAGAGGAGGAAUAGGCCCAGGGGGGAACCAGGCCGGACGACGGGGAUCGUGAUCGCCAUCGCGUCCCUCCUCAUCGUCGCAGGCAUCAUCGCCCUCGCCGUCAUCCUAUCGAAGAAGCCGCUCGAGGGAUCCUUGGAGGAGUCGGGAGGAACCGUCUCACCAGACGGUCGUCCUGGGUCGCCCAGUUUCGUCCUGGUGAGGAUGGUCUUCCCGGAGUUGACGUUUGAUCCGACUCUCGCGGAGGCGCGGAACGCGGAGCUGAAGGCGAACGCAAUUGAGAACGAGCUCUUGCCGAUGGUCAAAAACGGAGAGAUGACCAAGGGAGAGAUUCACUCCGUGAAAGUGAUCGGCUUCGACGACGCCCCACCCCCGGGGUCGGGCAAGAUCCAGCCGGCGGAGCGGCCCCACCCGGGCCUCGCGGCUUACGUGACCCUGGAGCUGGAGCACCCUCAGAAGGUGGAGCACGCCACGGCGGACGUGAUCCGCGCCCUCCGCGAUUCCAACUUCACCCUGGCGGGGCACAGAGUGGAGCCAGGCAGCGUCAUGGGCACGGGGAGGCUUGUUGUCGAAGGCACUGUGAAGAUCGUGCGGUGGGAGGACCAUAGUGAUGAAGUCUCUGAUGAUCUCGAGCUAGCCCUCCGCAAGCUGCUGAACGAGACCCGCCUGUCGUCGGACAUCACCGGCGUCGCGGUGCAGGACGUUAGCGGCCCCUUCGACUCGAACGGAGGGUGGAUGGAGGCCCGCUUCCAGGUGUUCCUCGGACGGGUGCACCCGCUCCGGGACGUGAGGGAGGCGGUCGUCGCUCGUCUGCUCCCGAACGGCACGCUGGGGCCGCUUCAUGUCGACGUGGCGUCGCUCAAGCUGCGCGAUGUGACCGAAUGGAAGGUACCGAAGAGGAGUCUAGUCCUUCCCGGAACGACGGCGUCACCUGCAAAUUCUUCCACGACGACACCCACGUUCAACGGAACGUCGACGGAGGAAACGACCGUGCGCGGAGUCUCGUCGACCGAGAGGCUCUCCCCCCACGCGACGACGACGAGCGCGACGACGCGGCAACCGGAGCUGGGGAGGGGACUGGGCCUGGGGACGACGAGCGAAACGCCCGUAACGAUGGCGUCCACGAUCUACGGAACAUCGCGGUCGAGUGAUGGAACUGCCGACGACUUCAACAUCUACUUCGAGUACGACAUCGCCCUCUACCACGUCUACUACGCCUUCAACGACACGAACCACGCCUACUACGCCUUCAACGACACCAACCACGUCUACUACGCCUUCAACGACACCAACCACGUCUACGACGACACCAACUACACCUUCUACUACGCUUUCAACUACGCAAUCAACGUCGACUGCGUCAGCUGGAGGGUCGACGACGCCGCUUCGCACUCGACUGCGUCUUCAGCAACUGGAUCCGCUGGAGGGUCGACAACGCCAGCCGGUGUUGCUACCGAACAGCUUGGCCGAGCGAUAGAUCUCUUUGUGACGUCCACAACUGUUGCCGAAACCACGGUCGUGGAAACGAGUGAACUGCCAACGGCUGUGGCUGAAACUUCCGAAAUGACUGCCGAUGAGGAUGAUGAUGAUGAACCGGUUUACGGAGAGGCGAGGGCGAAUGUCAUCGGACCGAGGGAGUCCAAGAAUCUGACGACGACGACACGUGCACCGAGAACGACGACGGUCCAGAGUCGCAGUACGAAGGAGGCCGGGGUCACUACGGGGGUGACUGCUCCGGUCACAUCGACGACGCCGAUGACGGCGUCCACCAGCGCGUCCACGACCCACCGCGCUGCCAGCAAGUUGUCGUCCACGACGGAGUCUGUGCCGAGCGGUCGAAAUGGGAGCAUCGAUCGAACAUUCACCGUCACUCCGCGGGCUGGGGGCUCAACGACGACAGGCUCAUCAUUGGGGAGGUCGACGACGGAAGGUGUGACGCCGACAACGACGCGGGUGGAUGUUGUCGGUCGAUUCGAUCCUGAAGUACUGGAUGAUCUAGACACCGAGACUGAGACUGUUUACGUUGUCAACGAGACUGUUCCAGAUGGGUCCGCUGGUAACGUUAUGGCCAAAUCCCAUCUGUUGUCUACAACAUCACCUCUGCGAACGUCAACGGUCCCUUCGACAAGAAUCACUCCUUCAUCCAGAAUGGCUCCUUCCACAAGCACCCCUUCGUCCACAAUUGCUCCUUCAUCCGCAAUGACUCCAUCCUCCACAAUCACUCCAUCCACAUUUACUCCAUCAGCAAACACUCAUCCCAAGCAUCUAGAAUCAAGGAAUGAGGAUAUAUUUCCACAUCCCUCAACGGCAACGACUCCUGCAUCGACCAACUCGACAUCAGAAUUAGAGCACUCUCGUGUGGUCUUGAUGUUAGAACCCACAGCAAAGCUGGAGGUGGUGAAGCGUUCGACUUCGUCCAUCAGCCCCCUGGUAACGACCAGCAGCACAACCGAAGACAUCAGUCCGAUCGUGACAGCGCCUACAGCCGCUCCUCGGGAAAUGACCACACCGGGUACCGCUCCCAGACUGGCGAUUCCUCUAUACUUCCUGGACUUCGAUAGCUACUACCGCUACAAUGGACCCAGCGGCCGAGAAUCGGAAAAAGGAUUGGCACCGGUGGUGAUGGUCGAAGACCACGUGAUCAUCGACCUCCCAACAGGUUCAGGUCAAGCAAGCGAAGGGAGGCAGGUCCUCCCAGGGGACAGGCGACCAUCCCCCCCGAUACAGCCCGUCCCAGGGGACAGGCGACCAUCCCCCCCGAUGCAGCCCGUCCCAGGGGACAGGCGACCAUCCCCCCCGAUGCAGCCCGUCCCAGAGGACAGGCGACCAUCCCCACCGGUGCAGCCCGUCCCAGAGGACAGGCGACCAUCCCUGCCGGUGCAACCCCCUCCACCUCCAUCGUCACCUGCCAGGCCAGUGAAUCCUUUCAUGGUGGAACCCAUCCACCCUGCCUUCACCAGACGGCCGACUAUUCCCAUCCAUGCGAACCCUUUCCUCUUCGCCACAUCCGACUCAGUGAAGGACCUCAGACCAGAGACUGGUCCUUCGAUCAAUGCCCCGAGCCCAGCUCGUCCCAGAAAUCCAACUGUCCCUGAAGGAGAGAGGGAAAAAGCUUCCCAGGCAUCGCAAAUCGGGAGUGAAAAACGGGAACCACCACGAUCUCUCGAUGUUGGAAACUUCGAUGACGAUAUCUCACCUCAAACCUAUCCACGCAAGUCCGAAGACAGUUACACGUACAACUCCGGCGACCACUUGGCCCCACCGCAGUCAAGGACCGGCCCUCCCAGAAAACCCUCGUCGACGCUCUCCGAAACCGAAGCGCGCGAGUCUCGGCAAGAAUCAGAAGAGGAUGCACACCAUCAUUACUCCCCCACUGGAGAGCACAUCGACCAUUCCCCAUCUUCCAGCAUCUGGCUAAAGCAUUGGGAGAUCUCCCAUCCAGCAUUUACAGGGAUAUUCGCGUCUCCAAGCCGCCGCGAUCAACCAGAACCUCCACCACCUAGGACAAGACAGCAGCAGGCCACCCCCCCGCCACCUCCUUCGACACGAUACGAGCAUCCCAUUGCAGUCCAGCCACCUGAAGGAGUUGGGUACCAAAUCCCCGACCAUGUUCAACAUCCUGGGCUGUUCAAGCCACAAGAGUCUCGCCCAUCUCGGUACGAAUCAGAAGGCGCGGGUGAAACCUACGAAUCGAUUCCUGAGUCGGCAUUAUCUCGCCCUCCACAAGGCGUUCCCUUUCUGCCUUUAGCAUAUCAGAGAAGUCCAUCGUCAUCAAGAGGCAAAAAUGAAAACACCCGCUCGGAAUUCGCGCCUGGAUCAUCGUCUCGUGAUCAGCAAUCCGGAAGCGCCGUCGGGAGACCAGGUUUUAGUUAUCAAGGAGCUUCAGCAGGGCAGUUUGCCAAUAACAAUGAUGCCGACCAACCCACAUAUUUCCCUGGGACAGUUCACUUUUACGAAUCUGAACCACAUGGCAUUGAAGCUGACAAUUACAAUGAAUUUUCGUCACAAACGUCAUACCAGCCACCACCCCCUCCUCCACUCGACCAAGUCGGCUCCUCUCGGCUUCCAAUCUUCCCCCCUCAGAAACCGAGGCCAAGCACCCAAACUCGACCGAGUGAGAGAGGGGAUAGACCCUUCGGACCCACCAGACCAGAGGGAGAAAGGCAGAGGGCAGAGGCAGGCCCCAGACCCGUUCGUCCCCGCCCCGGACCCGCUCCCUCAGAGUUUGCUACGCGUGGCCACACUUCGAGCCCAGACGACUUCGCCAUCACGAUGCCUUACGGACAGACUUCCAAAGAUAAUCAAGGCACCGUCACCUACUUCACCAGGAACCACCCCUUCAGCCGACUCGUCAAACCGGACGAACCAGGAACCGGCCCGAUCCUCUCCGACGAGCCUCGGAAAGAGUCACAAUUAAUUGUCAGAGGUCACCGCAGGAUCGAAGGCGUCUCGACUGAUUCUUACCUCGCAAGGCUACGGAAUCGAUCCAGGGAUUUCAAUCAGGAGCAAUUUCUCGGCGCUCGAGACCCAACCACCCCGACAAUCUUCGACUCUGCCUCCGAAGCAGAAGGAACCUCGAGCGUGAUCAUGUACCCCGUGACCAACACCCGCCAGACGAGAAAGAUUCUCACCCCCUACAACUCGUUCCAUGAAGACUUCAUGAAGUCGGAAGGCCUGAAAGCUGCAGCCCCAUUCGACAAAACAACCGAGAAACCAUCCCCCACAGGUCAGGAGUCACCUUCCCACGGGAGUGCCACAAGCCCCAUGGAAGCAUCCCCAACCGAAGAUACCCUGCAGGCGGAGCCCUCCGAACCCCGUCAUCAAAGUCAGGGAAUCCUCACGGCCUUAGAACCGAUCGAAAAAUCCAAGCCUAGAAGUCCGCCUCGCCGUCGUCUGCGGACCUCGCCGUUGAAGCGUCUACGUGCAACAAAUUCUGCAACGAGUCAUCUUCGCUCCUCUCGAUCAGCUGUCCAGCCAUUCAAUCCUCUGUCCGGGCUCCCUGAUAUUUCGGGGAGCAGCCUGUUCAUCAAGCUCAUGUCACCCGAGUUCUCGACUCCGGUCGAAGAGGACUUCGAUUCCAUUUUCGAACUGAGCCCCGAAGAAGCAGCGUCUUCGCGGAUCCAGCCGCUUCUACUGCCCGGUUUUGGUUUCUUCGGCCAAGAUGGCAUCAUAGCAUUUCCAAGACCAGGUUUCCGUUACCAACCCGGAUUGCCUCCCUUCGACGAUGACUCCUACCGACCCGGAUUGCCUCCCUUCGGCGAUGGCUCCUACCGACCCGGAUUGCCUCCCUUCGGCGAUGGCUCCUACCGACCCGGAUUGCUUCCCUUCGGCGAUGGCUCCUACCGACCCGGAUUGCCUCCCUUCGGCGAUGGCUCCUACCAACCCGGAUUGCCUCCCUUCGGCGAUGGCUCCUACCAACCCGGAUUGCCUCCCUUCGGCGAUGGCUCCUACCAACCCGACUUCCUCCCCGGGAUCCCAAACGUCUACGUACCCGGACCGCCCGAUCAAGACGCGGGAAACCGAGAAGCGUUUUUUCCGCUGUCGCCCAACCUGUCGCUGCAGCCCCCCCUCUCCUCUCCUGACUCGCUCACAGACGACCAAGUCGAUCCACUCCGAGAGAAAAGCGAUGUCUACGACGAACUCUUCCACGAGAUCUACGAAGACGAUCCCUCGGAGGUGGCAAGGACCUUCCAGCCCCUGUUCAUCCGGUCCCCUGCUGACCCCUACUACCAUGUCCCCCAUGAAGGCCAGUGGAUAGGCUCCCCUUGGGUUCCCCCGUUCUUCUUGGUACCGCCAGGAGGCGAGUUCGGCGGCCCUCCGCCUCUACCAGAAGGACUAGAGUACUCUCUUCCAGUGCCAGGAUUACAUUCUCGCCUACUGGGCAACGCAACGGAUGAACCAGUGCUUCGUGGACGCUCUCAGCUCGGCUUCUCUGAAACAGGAAGCUCAGAAGAGCAUGAGAGCUCUGAGCAAAAGCGUGGAGGAAAUGUGAACCGAAGCAUUUGGGACAAUUAUUCUGGACAGGAUCAAGGAUUACAUCAGCAGCAGCAACCGAGGCAAAUCGACAUCAAUCCAUAUCAGUCAAGGCAGAAUAACCAGCAGCCAGGAGGAACAGCUAAGUAUCAAUACUAUCCAUUCCUAUUCCAGAACUACGGAGAUCAGCCAAUUUAUAAUUCAAAUGCUCGACGCCCUUCACCUGGAGGUCGCUUCGAAAUCGUGCAAAUAGAGGUGAGCACCACCAAGCCCAAGACCUGGGAUGAAAUGAAUCAAGCAUGGGUGGACCAGACCAAAAGUCCUGUUCCCCCGACGACAGCAAGACCCAGUCCCAACCCAAGCACGGCGAAAUCUGACUUCAAGGCCGGCGAGAAAGCAAGUGGAGUGGAGAUGCAACCAGCGGUACCGGGUGGCGGCUCAGAAAUGCAACCAGCAGUUGCACGUGGCAGCUCAUGGACUGAACCAGCGGCACUGGGUGGAGGCGCUCCGACAGAAGCAACGACGAUCCCUGUACCUGCUCCACUCGACACCAACUCUAUUUCCUUGAACGAAAGGGCGAACGAGGUGGCAAUCGGCAACUUCCUCAACGAACGGGUGCCUAAGGAAUCCUCUAGAACUGCGUUGCUUGAACCCGCAAUGCCACCCGUCGUAAGCAGGACGACCUUGGACAUUGAUCCACAAAGGGAAAAUCCCAGCGGGACCCAUGCCUCCGUAGACUUCAGAGCCCUCGACGUUGAGGGGACAGUCGCUCUUCCUCCCUUGGUGGCCCAAGAAAUCCCCCUUCAGUCUCGGACCAUGAUCGACGACAGAGAUAAAUUUAAUUUGCAGGAAUCUCUCAUCCUUUCAUUAAAGGAUCCCAAGGACUCAAAUAGCCCGGGAUUCUCACCACCGCGAGUGAAACGACACAUCACCCAAGAGAAAGCAAGAUGCGGCGAUCCGGCAUCUAUAUGGAACGGCGUGGUGGACUGCAAAGACGCCAGCGACGAGAUCGGCAUCGACUGCCGCGCCCUCGUGAACGAGACCCAGAGCGGAAUGCGAGAAGACUCCCGCCUCUGCGAUGGCCACAUGGACUGCCCCGACGGGGAGGACGAGCUCGGCUGCUACAUCUGUCCGGGUGGGAACCUCUGCCCGUCGUGUCUCUACGGCGCCUGCAGCAAGUGCGACGAGAACAGCUUCUCCUGCCACGACUUCCUCGACAAGGAGGGCGUCUCCCAGUGCUUUAGCAGGGAGCAAUGGUGCGACGGAGUCCAGAACUGCAAGAAUGGCCGGGAUGAGGAAUUGUGUCACUUGCUCGGCGACCCCGGCGAGAAGCUUCCUUUGCUUGGCAUCAAGAGCAAGGGGGUGCUGCAUCGGCGCUAUCGGGGGAAGUGGAACGUGGUGUGCAGCGCCGGGAAUCGGGGCGAUGAGCAAAGCCUCGCUCAGCAGGUGUGUAAAGAAGGGUAUACCAAGUUCGAGGGUACUCCUAAGAUCGAGUACCAGGGGUUUCCUCAUGGCACCUCGGUCUUCAUGCGAUACACAGCAGGCAAAUGGAAUUUGGCGAACGGAUGCCCCAACAACCGCGUUUUACAGAUCGAAUGCCCCCCACCUUUAUGCGGGUACAGGAACAAAUUGGACGUGAGCUACGAAGACACUGGCAACGAGCACAACCAUCCAACCCGUCGGAAGAGAACCUUCAACUCGGGGCGUAUCGUGAACGGGACAGAGAGUUUCGCCGGGGACUGGCCCUGGGCCUGUGCGCUCUACCACAACGGGAUCUUUUUCUGCGGGGGCUCCCUCAUCGACGGGCAGUGGGUGCUCACGGCUGCCCAUUGCUUCUACAUAUGGAGAACGAAACAGGGGGUCGCGCGGCCCAUCUCGGUUGACACUGUGCAUUACACGGUGAUGUGUGGAGUACUGAGGAGGCACUCGUUCGCUCCGCCGAAGCAGAUCAGGCGGGUGGUGCAGAUCUUCAGUCAUGCGCAGUACGAGGGAGCUAGCAAGGCGGACAACCAUCACUAUCACAACGACAUCACGCUGGUGAAGGUUGACGAGCCGUUUCACUUCAACAAGUGGUUAUCGCCAGCCUGCCUGCCGUAUCCGGGGCAGGAGCCGGUGGCGUCGACACCGGGGGAGGCGCUGUUCGCGUACGUCGCCGGUUGGGGGAUCACAAGCUGGGGCGGUCACGAGUCUGACAGUCUGCUGCAUGUGGGUCUGCCCGUCAUUUAUCCGUGUCCCGGCGUUGCGAACGAGAUUCAGUGCUGUGCUGGCUUCCCCGAGGGUGGAAGGGACUCCUGCACUGGUGACUCGGGCGGGUCCCUCACCGUGUCCUAUGGGGACGGCGACGACAGUCAAGGUCGGUGGUACAUCAUAGGGGUCGUCAGUCACGGGUACAAGUGCGCCGAGCCCAACAACCCCGGCGUCUACACCAAGGUGUCUGCGUUUCGGUACUGGAUGGAUGAGAUCAUGUCCGGGCGCUCCAAGGUCAAACCGAAGCUCCCCAGCAGCACCUGCGGGGACUUCGUGUGCGACGGAAACUGCCUCGGCAAGCAGUACCUCUGCGACGAUAAGGUCCACUGCUUAGGCGCCGUCGACGAGACCCAACCUAGCUGCAAUCGACCCCCAGCCCCGUUUCGUAUAUCUGGCUACUCUCAAGAGCCGGUGAUCCCAGCUGCCGCGUAUCAGAAACCAUCUUCUCCGAAACCGAAACUGCCCAACCUACCCGCGGCACCCACACAGAUUUGCCAAUCAGGAGAAUUCAGGUGCCGCACCACCCCAGGCUGUAUCCCCAAGUCCCAACUCUGCGACAUGAAACGAGACUGCAUGGACAACAGCGACGAGAACGGCUGUACCUGCGGCGAUUACUACCGCAACUCCAAGACCCGCAACCGCAUCUGCAACUACUACCCAGACUGCCGCGACCACUCCGACGAAGCCCUAUGCCAGCAGCAGCAGCGGAGCCUCGCCGACGACGGCAGGAAGCACUGCUACAAAUCCGGCAAUGUCUUUCUCGACCGAACCGCCUGGUGCAACCAAGAAAUGGACUGCCCCAACGGCGAAGACGAGACAGACUGCUACAGCUCCGCGACGGAGUCCGACGGCCAGCUGCGCAUCGCGUCUGACAAGCUCGGACGACCCGUGCCGGCGCAAUGCGGCUUCGUGGUCCGUCACCAACCCCCUUUCCAGCCGAACAGCUGGUCCACCGUGUGCUGGCAGAACGCGACGUGGCAGGAGAUCCAAGUCUUCUGCUGGUAUUUCGGCUACGAACAGCUUCGAGACGCGACCUACAAGCGACAAGGAAGCGACACCUGCGACGCCCUGUGGAUCUGCUGCGAGAACCGCUUGCACGGAGUCACCCGGCCGUCCCCGCGCGCCAUGACCCUCCGAGAAGAAGAGGGGAAGCCGUGGCAGUUCCCAUGGUCGGUCAACGUCAGGGUGGAGGGAAGGAUCGCCUGCGGGGGGACGCUGGUCGGGACGAGGUGGAUCCUGACUGCUUCUGCCUGCGUGGGGGGAUUCUCGCCCAAAGCUCAUUACAUGACGGGGCAGGUGGGGCUCGGAGAAAGUCUUCCAUUCUUGGCUCCUUACGAGGAGUACCAGAGGGUGGACUACACGGUCCGAAUGGGAGAGAUCACCCUUUUACGAGUGGAGAAGCCAUUUUCGCAGACGGAUUACGCCAUUCCACCGUACCUGUCCAAGAUGAGACCGCUGAGCCUCGAGACGUGCGUGAUCUCGGGGGUGACUGAGAAGGGGCUCCGGUUUUCGAACGCGACGCUGCAGAACUGCAGGCCGGACUCGGACACGCUGUGCCUAUCGCUGCCCAAGGAUUCGGCCUGCCAAGCGCACUGGGGAGGCCUGGUGGUGUGCCUGCAGAAUGGAUACUGGCAAGGAGUCGGAGCGUUCCGCGGAUGCGAGGCGGGGCAGGUGGUGCAACCGAUCGGGUUCUUCUACGACGGACUCCAGAGCGCAAUGAAGACGGAGGCGCGAGGGGUGGUCGGCCCAGAGUGUCCCACCUUGAGGUGCAUCCAGGGAUUGUGCCUGAGGGAGCCAUUCGUGUGCGACGGGGUGCCGCACUGCAGGGACCUGGCCGACGAGAGCGAGGAGCGGUGUCAGGCGAAGAGUACCAGUUACUGCAAUGCGAAAGAAGGUUGCGAAGGGUGCGAUCCGAGUCAGUUCAAGUGCAAGAGCGACAACUACUGCCUCCCGGAAGUCCUCCGAUGCGACGGGCGACAAAACUGCCCCGACGGCAGCGACGAGCAGAACUGCACGUGCACCCAGCUCUUCGGUCGGAUGGCACCGGAGAAACUCUGCGACGGGCGCCUGGAUUGCGAGGACGGAAGCGACGAGGACCCUGUCUUCUGCGGGUGCCCUAAGGGUCAAUUCCGCUGUCACAGGUCCUCUCAGCAAGGGCCGUACGGGACGCUGAACCCCCCGAUCUGCCGUCCGCUAACGAAGACGUGCGACCUGGCGAGAGACUGCCCCCUCGGCGAAGACGAGGAGUUCCGAUUUUGCACGGGCAUCACCAAUUCCUCGGUUGUCCGCAACAACACUUUGGGGAUCCCACAACCGGACCCAGCCGGCUACCUCUACGCCCGAUACCAGGGAGUCUGGUACCCGUACCCCUACUCGAACCAGACCUCGAGGAACAUCGAGCCCGGCCAAGCGAAUAUGAUCUGCGAGAGACUUCACGGCCGGUCGCUUGCGUCCCAAGCGGAGCUGGUGGCCGUGCCGUGGCCAGACGAGGAGCCGGGACCCAGCCGGGCCCGGGGGGCCAUGAGGGACCCGUCCACGAGCGUGGCGUUCAUCGAUUGCAAGUACGGGGUAUCGGGGGGCAACGUCGUCCUCACGCGAAGAAGCUUUUCCGGGUCACCCCCAGGCGGUGGACCACUCGAACGGUGGACCACUCGAGCGGGGACGAGCGAUCCCGUGUCAUCCACCGGAACGGAUGACGAGACACAGGAGGAUGUCAGUCAUCUGUCGGCCCGGCCGGGCCGACGACGAAGCCUCCAGAUUCGUUCUUGGGAGACCGUGACGGAGUCCCGAGGUUGCUCGGGCGGCGGGGAUCGCGGAAGCCUCUCGGGGACGAGGGAGAAGGAAGGGCCGAUUUUCUUGGAACCCGAGGCUGCGCCUGUUGGGACGCCUGGGGAAAGGAUGAAUUCCGGGGAAUUCCGGUUGGGGUCGUGGAUGCCUCCGAGGGACGUGGAUGCCUCCGAGGGACGUGGUUCGGACGACAUCGUGUGGCCUUUUGAGAUGUCGCGAUUGCCGCGAGGUCACUUUUGUCGCUGGGCGAAUGCGGAGGAAUGGUGCUUCCCACAUUGGAAUCUUCCAAUUAGGAAAUCGGUUGGAUUGGGAGAGAGGUGGGGGAAGAAGGAGGAGGAGGAGGAGGAGGCAGUGGAGGGAGGUGGAUGGCAUCGGGGAUUCUUCGAGUUUGGGCAGGCCUCGCGAGAGAAUGGGCCACGGCCCGAUGCGAGUGGAAGAAGACGGUCUACGUUUCUCGCGCUGGGGGUUCUUGCAGCCUGGGAGUCUGGGGGGGAUGCCCCCUUCCGUCAUUCGAGAGGUGGCCCGGUGCCUCCCUCCCCCUUUCCGCCAUUCGAGGGGUGGCAUGGCAGCUCCGGGGAGGCCGAUCCUGUUGGCUCCACGUCUGGCCGAGUGCAAGCGUGGACGACCUUCAUGUCGGCGGCUCAGAUUAGACGUACAACACGGCCACGUCCCCUCGAAACCUAUCGGCGGCCACAAUUGACACUGGCACUGACUGAUGGUCAUGAAGAAAAAUUGGCCCACCAGCCAGAUGUGGCCACAGGUUGUGAUCUCCCACUUCUGAGGCAGAUUUGCAUGCACAAUAAUCUCAUGGCCUCAGUGGCACCUUCACGCCACAAGAUGGGUUCCCCAGUGCAUGGGUAUCAUCUCCAAUGGAAUAAUCACCAGGAAAGCCUUAUCCAUAGUUUUGAAAAACAGUUUCAGCUUGAAUCUUUUGUGGACGUGACAAUUUAUUGUGAGGGUCGACCAGUGCGUGCUCACAAGAUGGUUUUAUCGGCCUGUAGCCCUCUCUUCUACGACAUUUUUUUAUCUCAUUCUGACCGCCAUCCCAUCGUGAUCUUGAAUGAUGUGCGAUUUUCGGAUCUCGUGACCUUAAUGCAUUUCAUGUACAAUGGAGAAGUGGAAGUGCCGAUGGAGUCGCUGUCAUCUGUCCUGAAAGCAGGCUCAUCCCUAGGCAUCAAGGGUCUGGGGAGCUAUCUCAUGUCACCAAAUGGUCAAAGUGAAAGUUUGGACAUUGAAGCGCAUGAUGUGACUAAAGUGCCUCACUUGGACCGGAUUCUCAGGGACUCUCUAGACUAUCCUGGUCCUUCCCAAAAGAAGUGCAAUGCAACCCCAUCCUUACGUCGGAUCAUGGACUCUCAGGAGUCAGAGCAGUUUGCACUCCCCCAUCUGUAUUACCAGUCACCAGAAGGAGCAGAUAGGACAAACCACAGUGAAGCCAGUCAUAAGGAGAAGAGGGAGACGGACGAUGAAGGAGAAGAGUCUCGCUCCUCAACUGCCUCUUUUGAUGCGGGUGGGUCGCAUCCAUAUGAGACAGGUGGAGAGGGAAUGAGUCACACAAGAGAUGAUGCAGACGAUGAGGAGGAAAGAGAUGAUGAGGGUGAAGCAGGAAGGUCUGAUGGUACCAAUCAUCUCACCUGUGAGAUCUGUGGGAAGGAGUCCAGGAACUUCAAUGAUAAGCGGUUACAUUUCAUGUCUCAUACAGAUGAGGAAAUGUGUGUUUCAUUCCCUCUUGUCAGAACAACAAUACAAUGGACUGCAGAUGUAUCCAUUCUUCUGAUAUUCACUGCCCUUGGCCUUGGGAAGCAGAAAACAAAGCUGGAUCCAGGUAAGCCCUUGAAUUUGGGGACAGAGCUUUAG